AUGUAUCUCCUUCUGCGCGUCCUUCAGCUUGUGGUUCUCGGCUACUGCCUGGCUAGUCAGUCUCCACACGCUCCCGUCCUAUCUUCGGGCAAGGUGAUUGGCACAGUGAUAACCGCAUGCAACAAUCUCACCUUCCACACGCCACCAGGUGACCCAUACCCAACCCGUUCGGGCCAACAUUUGUGGCUGCACGACUCGCACACACCGUGUCUGUCCGACUCCAAUGAAGCGUUGGAAUAUUGUCGCAAAGUCUACACCGCAAUUUACCCGGAACUCACUGUCGAUCAUGUGGUUGUCGAUCCGUUCAAAAUUAUCCCCGAUUUCCUUCCCUGGUUCCCAUCCAAUGCAUCCAGCUCUAUUCGAGUCUAUUUGUGUUUGGGACCGGUGCCUCAAACUACCAGUGAUGCUCAUCUCACGGCUAAGCCCACGAUUGGUCCGACUACCGAGACACCUUCACCCGCAAUUCAUCAUCGACUACCCACUUUGAUCGAUAUGCACCGAGUCUACUUUGCCGAACAGUUUCACCAUUUGUGGAACGUGACGCACUCGAAUGUAUCCCAAAUUAUUAGUGAUUUGGUUCAGCGGACGAAAGGCCUGUUCAAGUUGUAUCCGUCCAAUCCCCAGUUGGUUCAAUAUACGGUUUCUCAGAUGCUGAAGGACGCACAUGAGCGUUUGCAAGAAAUUUGGGCCGCGGAGGAGCGCGAGUGGUCUGUUUUAGAACAGAAUCAACACGAAGAUCUGGCCAGUCAGAUGGGUUCGGAUGAAUGGGCGGGGGAAAAUAUGUUCGCAUUCGCGCUGCAAGAGUCGCAUCCAGAUGGGCCUCCUAUUUCAUCUCAGCUGGGACGUGUUCAGGAUGCUUUGGCAGUCCUACUUUCAAAGUUGGCUGAUUCCGUCUCGGAGGAGGUACGGCAUCUGAAAUCGGUCCAUAGCCGCCAACCGUGGCUGCUGCGUCUGGACUCUCCGACUAACUGGACAGAUAACGUAACACUUGGUGUGACGAACUUGGAGCAGAUCCACCAGGUCUUGCUGAAACAUGUUCAUGUUGCUACUCUGGCGAUCAACGCAUUUCACUCGAUAAUGGCGCAGCAAGCUAAGGGCAGUCCGCCUUCUGGAUUCAGCUACAAGCCUACUUUGGUUGCUAGCUAUGAUCGCCUGCAGACGAAUCUAUUCGAGGCCCAACGUUUGUUGAAUCAAGCGAAGAGCACAUUGCUUGGUAGCCUCGCCAAUCGUAUGAACUCGAUUUUGAGCCAUCUGAAUGCCACACUGAAACAACACCCAUCGGUGACGAACAUCUCGCUGUCCGAAUGGGUCAAGAGCAAGCAUCACGCAGAGUUGGCCUAUAUCGAUCUGUUGGUGGCCCAACUGCUCAGUCCUUAUGUGGCGUCGGUUGAUUUGCCGGUCACUGAAGAUCAAGCGAAGUUUAUAUGGCAGCCCGUUGCAAAUCCAUUCGAAAAGCGAACGACUGUGGAUGCGACUGAUGAUACAAAGUGGUCGCGUGAUCAUAUCUUCAUUGUGCUCACCGUCGCUGUCUGUUCCGCCUCUCUUCUAAGCACGUUCCUCUUCUGUCUUAUCCGUUUGGUCCGCACCGCCUCGCACUCGGAAGCCGAAUCGCGGCGUCGGGCCCGUUUACGUUCUCUCGUAUCACGAGGUGGCCGCAAGCUAAGACAUUUGGUCGAUAAAUCGCAGCAAAAAUGGAUUUCGGGCACGUCGGCUGUUUGGAAAGUGGGACCUCGAGUUGUUUUGGUGUCUACAGAUCAAGCUACCAAUCUUCACUCGCCUGGGGAGCACGUCAACGUUAAAUUGGAGCUCACCGGCAGUGCAUAUCCAAUGGCCGUGCCGGGAUUCGAACCCCGAACAUGUGACAUGCGAGGCGAGCGUGUAACCACUACUCCACCAACGCACGUUGGAUGCAUCUGA